GGUUUGAUGAUGUACAAAUGUACAAUCUGCUGCGGAUAGGAGAGAAGACUGAAGAGUGAAGAGCAAGAAGAGAGAGAAAGAAAGAGAAAUGGCGAAGGCGAAGAAACAAUUGCUGUCAUCGGCGCCAUGGAGAGAUGAAGAGAAUUCCGCCGAUAAAUUCAAAGAUGCGAAGCUCAAAGUCACCAGUCAACCAGGUAGCACACCCACAAUGCAUGUUCCCGGUAAAAAGCAUUCUCACUCCAACAACAAUGCCGAUGAUGAAGACGAUUCUCUCUCCGAUAUCGACCCCCAACUCCGUUACAGUUUCCAGCGCAACUUCCAGUUUGUUCAGCGGGUAUUUAGCAUUGACACCCUUGUUAAACCCCUUCCUCCAGUAAUGGCAUAUAACGUUUCUCGCAACUUGAGCUUCUUCACUCGUAUAUUCACUCAGUUUUUUGAUCCGGAAGGCAUCUCAAAUGCUCAGAAAUCACUCGGACUUGGACAAGAAGAGAAGGUUCGACGUGUUCGUUAGCCUGAAGUUAAAUGCAUGUUAAUGUAUGAGUCUCCAUUCCAUUUCAUUAUCACAUUACCAUGAUUGCUUAGUUUCUUCGUAAAUGGAGGCGUGAGGUGGUAUUUUGUUACAAUAUAUCUUAUGCUGAAUUCCACUUUUUUGUCUUUUUUUAAACCAAAACUCAAUGUGGAGAAAAUUUGAAAACCUAUUCUGUAUUUAUCAGAUUUGUUUAUCUCAUAUAUCCAAGUUCACACAUUAAUUAGUUUCCCA